AUGGUUGAGGAAAUGCUGAUUGCAAGGGUUCACAUGCACGUGAAGGUCCUACAGGUAUGUGGCGCUCAAUAUAAAUACCGCGGUCACGUUGUCCACUUCCUUCGAAAAGUUGGUAGGCUAUUUGAAGAGCUCCCAGUCCUACCUGAAGAACUAGAUAUCGUACUCCUGCGGCCUCCUAAUAUGGAGGGCGAUCCUCAUUUCCAGCAGCAGUUCGCUCACGAUUUCCGGGUACGCCGCUCAUGCCUGCUGGCCCGGCUGCAUUACCUACAGCACCAUCACCCAGGCUAUCGCGAUAUCGUCGUGAGGCAGGAUCGUUUGCAGCGGCUUCCUCUUGACGGCAGCAUAGUUGCUUCCAUUGCUAGCCAAGUGGCUGACAUACCUGACGGCGAGGUCCCCCAAGGCCCCGUUGAGGAGGCUGUAGAAGAGGAUCCUAGCGAUGCAGACGCAUCAGCGAUCCCGAAUUUGCAGGUUACCGAAACCGAAUUAAACGCCUUGCGGUCCCGAUUCCCUCAUGGUACCCCUGACCCCGAGCGUAUGACUGAUCUUGAGCAUAUGCCGCCUAGCGCGCAGGCUCAACACCAGAUGCCACUACCUUCCAUUCGCAGGACUCCUAUCAACGAAUUCAACCGUUCCCAGCCGCUGUUAACGCUCGCGUUCCCUACUCUCUAUCCUGACGGCAAGGCGGACUUCGUGGAGCCUCGCCUACGAAGCGUCACGUACCAGGACUACCUUGCCCAUGCGAUAAGAUGGCAAGACGGACGUUUUGCCCGCCAUGAGACGUGGCCUUUCGUCGCCCUCAACACGCUGUUACGUGCGCAGGUCAGAAAGCGAAGCAACUACUCAGUCAAGCAACACGAAGGCCGCCGUCAACCCCUUACGCGCGCUGACCUAGAGGAAGCAAUGGCUAAGCCUGAUGACCAGAUUAACCACUACAACCCCUUGCUUACCGUUGCGUGGCUAGCCAAUACAGAUGUCUCGCCCUGCACGAGCCUACAGCAGGUGAUCGAUUACGCAGCCAAAUACUGCUCCAAGUCGGAAAAGAAGAGCGAGGCUUUUGCCCAGAUUGGGAAGGCCCUGAUGCCCCGGGUCAAGGACCACAACCCCCUGAUUUCCUUCACGUCAAAGCUCCUAAAUCAGCUAGUUGCUAAGCGGGAUUACUCAAAACAGGAGGUUAGCCACUUGCUCCUCGGCCUGCCGUUACAGGAGGGCUCACGAACCUGUCUAUACGUUGACUGCCGUAAUCCUGACAUGCAUUCCCGCUCCCUACAGAUCGAUGGCGAUGAGGUUGACGAGGUUCCCAACAUCUACGAAAAGUACUAUCGACGCCCAGAGGCCCUAGAAGACCUGACAUACGUUUCCUUUCUCAAAUACUGGAAUUUCCCCUCUAGGAACCCUUCCAUGUGUAAGCAAUGGCAGCUAAGCAAUGUUAACGGCAGGCCUCGUGUAUUGGUCUACUUUCCUCGCUAUCGGGCUGAUCCAGAAGGUCAACAGUGGCCAGAUUACUGCCGUGUAAAGCUAACAUUGAACCACCCACAUCGCCGGCUUGAUGAGCUCCUCACAUUUGACGGCCAGCGUUUUAGUUCUCACGCCAAGGCCUUCUCCUAUUGUUGGCAGCACCACAGUCAUGGUGAUGACCAUUACGGCCGGCCAAAAGAGGCUCGAUUACAACCUCAAGAGGAUCAGUACGAGACUCUGCCUGUGGAGGAGGGAUUUGAUGACGAAGACUGGAUCCGCCUCGCCGCCCUUUUACCUGACAACCCCCUUACCCAGGAAGGACUUGACCUACUUGGCCGCUGCGAUAUCGACGUCAAUUACGACUGGACACGGCAUGUGGGCACUUAUCAGGAAUUUCGAGACAGCUACUGGAAAGACCUUAUCGCUAGCCACCCUAUAGCCAACGAUGUGGAGGUUCUUGGCCCUCACUGGCGUGACCAGCUUAACCCACAACAACGGCUCGUGUACGACACCUUCAUGGGCCACUUCCAGGCGCAAAAUCCUGCUCAAAUCCUUCUCCACGUUGACGGUGGUGGUGGUACAGGCAAGUCCUUCCUUAUCAAAGUGCUUUCCUCCCAUCUUCAGGCGGCUGCCCUACCGAAUCCUAGUCCUAUUUGCCGCGCAGCGCCAACAGGCGUUGUGGUGCUUUUACCGACCUUCCCCCAGCCGACGCAGCCGCCCUUCAGUCCCGUCUACGGCACGUCCAAGUACCUCGUUAUCGAUGAGAAGAGCAUGCUCGGGCUUGAGCAGCUGGCGCGGAUCGAUUCCCGACUGCGGCAGGCCUUUCCACAGCGUAGAUUCGAGUUCUUUGGUGGUGUGAGUGUCUUGCCUGUAGGCGAUUUCUUCCAGUUACCACCAGUCCGGCAAAAGCCCCUGUAUUCGACUAGCACCAGCCUGUCUUCAUUGGAAAGGAGAGGGCAAGUGGCCUACCGGUUAUUUGACCGCACCGUCUUCCUGACCACGGCACAGCGCCAGGCUGGUGAUGAUCAGGCCCGGUUCCGUCAGGCCUUACAAGAGCUGCGUGAAGUUAAGUUAUCUAUACCAUCCUGGAACCUCCUUAGCAAUCGGGUACAAGCCAAGCUAACGCAGAGCGAGGUUGAUAGAUUCAGGGCCGCUUUGCGGGUGUAUUCUACAAAAGCCCGCGUCAGCGAAUACAAUUACGAGCAUAUGGUACACCUCAACUCCCCAGCAAUACAGGUAGAGGCAAAGAAUCAGGGCAGCGGCGCGGGACAGGCGCCAAGCGACAACGCUGGCAAUCUAUCCAACAAGAUCCCUGUUGCUAAGGGCGCCAGGGGUACUGUAUACGAUAUCGUCUGGAAUGCAGGCGCCAACCCAUGGGAAGACCCCCCAGCCGUUAUUAUGGUGGAUUUUGGUAGCUACGAUGGACCGCCGUAUCUAACAACUAACGAGGGCAGGAAAAUCGUACCCAUCCUUCCCGUCACACGGGAUUUCCUAGUGGUCAACGAGACCUGCGCUCGCACGCAGUUUCCCCUGAUCGUGGCAUUUGCCAUCACUGUUCACAAAUGCCAGAGCCUAACGAAGGAUCAGAUAGUUACUGACCUCGCUACACGCGACUUCCAGGCCGGUAUUAGUUAUGUUGCCGUCUCACGAGUUACCUCGCUGCAAGGCCUACUCCUUGAGGCGCCUUUCGAUCGUCAGAGCCUCUAUAACACGCCCACGGAAGGAAUGAAGAUGCGCCUUGCUGACCAACAACGCCGUCAGGCUCAACAGCUGACCGAUCCGCCGUAUCCACCACGCUACAUUGAAUAA